AUGAUGAAUUCUAAAUAUAAAGCUAAGACACACUUAGUAUCUUAUGAGGAAGCCGCUUAUAAAAGGUUUUUAAAUAGAUUAAACAAAUGGCCAUCAAUGCCCAUCUUACAAAUCCAUAAUAAACAAGGUAUAGUUUCAGGAGCAAAGAAUGAUAUAAAGAGAUCCAAAAUAUAUUCUUCAAGUUCGAUGAGCCUUCCUUCUGCCACAUAUAGCCUGUUUGGAAGUGAAACUAAGUCUAACAUAGAGAACUGUGAUUCCGAUGAAUUAGAGCAUCAAUUUAACUCAAGUGACGAUGAGUUAGUCUCCGAAAAACAAAUCGUUGACUCUCAGAGAGUUAACUUAGAAAAUAUACAAAGUUCUUCUCUAUCAUUACAAACAUUGGAGCUAACUAUAGAUACAUGUAAAAUAUUUGAAAGUAAGGAGCCGGCUUAUGAGCAAUUAUUUGAUGUCUCGUUACUGUCGUUCGCUGAAUCGGAUGUCAGCAGCUUAGUGAAUGUGCUAAACACAUUGAAGUUUAAUAAUGAGUCAGAUAUGAACCAGAUGAAUUCUCAAGAAGAAAGAAGAAAACUUAAAUACCGAAGUGAACAUACCACUUACCAUUUAAAAAAUAAUGACAAUUUAUUCUACGUAAGGAAAGACGGAGCUAAGAGAAACUUAAAAGAUUCCAAUCUGAAAGAUGUUUUUAUUAGACAACAGGAGAAUCUGUCAGAAGAUGUUGAAAGCAUUUCUUCUUUAAACGACAGUUUCUCGAAAGAAUAUUUAAUGCAUUUUAAAGAUCGACUAAAAGAAAUAAGGAAAGAAAACAUGACAAUUCCAGUGAUAAAUAAGCCUAUCCAUAACGGAAAUAGGUUUAGUAGGGUAUUCAACUAUUGUUUUCUGAUGAGAUAA